AUGGCCGAGGCUGUGGAGCCAUCGGCACUCCUCUCCGAGCUGGAGCCGCAAGUAUGCCUCCUACUUCUUACGCGUUGCAUCAGCCGCCGUAUCUCCUACAUCCUCCGCACCACCCCCCCGGACUCCCUUCCCCUCGCUGACUGGGAAUCCUGGGGGGAAGGAAACUUCCACACCCUCCUAACAUCCGCCGCCAUCCCUCUGCCACGCCACCACCCUGAGCAGCUGCGGGUCUGGCGCCAGGCCUCCCUCCCACCUACACUCGGAGGCCUAGGCAUCGCCGACCCCGCCUUGGAGCGGUUCGCGAGCUACCUAGCCUCAACCGCGGCCGCCUUUCACCUCCUCUCCGCGUCUUCCUCUCCCUCCCACUCCCAAGUGCUGGCACUCCUCCCCCUCUUCUCCGCUGACGCCUCAAGCCGCUCCCAGCUCCCCCUCCGUUUGGCGGCCGCGGAGGAGACCCUGCCACAAGAGGCAAUUGGCAUUCUACAGAAAGUAAAGGCAGCAAGGGGGAGGAAGACGAGAGGGCGGCGGAUGGUGGCGCGUGGUGGAGAGAAGAAGGAGGGCGAGCUGAACGGUGGGGAGAGGAGAGGGAGGGAGGCAGCGAGCAGGGGGGGCAGUGGAAGAAGAGGGUUGCAAGGUGGUGGGGGGACAGAGGGGGGCAAUAUGGGUCAGGGAGGAGGAGUUGGAGGGGGAGGAGGGGGAGGAGGAGGAGGGAGCGGGCAGGAAGGGGAUGCUACUGUUGUGCUGGGAGGGUGGCAAGGUGUGGGGGGGGCUCGUGGCACUGGGGCUGCUGGCGCCGACAGGGGCGGUGGGGAGCGGGCGGCGUUGCGCGUCUCGUUCUCCAAGUCAGCGGCGGGCAUGCAACGGGUGGAGCUGGUCUCUCGGAGUGCGAAUGGCAUGGGGGAGACUGUGGUGAGUGGUGUGGCGAAAGAGAAAGGGGUAAGGGUUGGGUGGUGA